CUAUAUACGGUUAAAUCCAAAAAAAAUAAAAAAUGAAAAACGUUGUUUUUCUAAUUUCACUUGUCCAUCUUCUUCUUGCAUUUUCCUCUAGUACUAGUGCUAGAACAACUCCGAAUCCACUCUUGCAUGUGGUGUAUGACACUAAUGGCGAUAUUCUUAGAACAGACGCCAGGUACUUUGUGGUCGUGGCACCAAAAUUCGGAGCCGGUGGGGGAGUAACGCGAGGCCCCUGGUUAAAGGCUGGAUAUGGAGCUGGUGAUGCUAACUUCGUGUGUCCAUCUCUGGUGGUGCAGUCCCCGCUAGAUGCGGACAAAGGCGUGCCAGUCUUUUUCAAACCUAAGGCACCCAAACAAGUAGAAAUUACUGAAUCCACUCCUCUUAACAUCCGGUUCUAUAAUCCAAUUGGAGUUUGUAACAACACACUGUGGGAAGUGGAAGGUUACCCAGGAACUUCUGAGAACCCAGCCUUCUUGUCAACUAAUGGGAAGACAGGAAAUCCUUCCACCUGGUUUCAGAUUAAGAAAUUUAAUGAUGAAUUAAAUGCGUAUAGGUUUGUGUUUUGUCCUAUUAAAGAGACCUGCGAUGAAAUCGUCAUCAAUCAUUUCAAGGGACAAAGGCUUUUGACUGUGAGAUUCGGUUAUAGAUUCCCAGUUGUGUUCGUCAAGGAUACUCACUACGGAAUAAAUUCGAUUAUAUGAUCGAUUUGGUUGGACAAAAAAUAUGAAUACUAUAAUGUACCUACUUGUAUUGUCUAAAUAAUGGUACACAUGCGUAGAGUACUAUGCAUACGCGCCCAUGUAUCUGUUUCUUCUCUAAUAAUAAAGUAUUGGUACCUUAAUGGAUA